GUAACGGUAUAUAAGCAGCCGAAACUCUACUUAGUUUAAGUUUUCGCAUUAAGCACUUCCCAUACAACAAUCCGUCAAAAUGGCCAACCAGUUCGUUUGCUGUCUAUUGCUGUUGAUCGCAGCCACAAGCACCUAUGCUCAGAUAAGCUCUUCCGUCGGAAUUGAAGGUGGUGUAGCAGCAGCCAGUGGCACCCGGUCAUACGUCGUAUCGGUGAAGGACUCAGGUGGAUCCAUCAUCUGUGGUGGUGCUUUAUACAAUGAUGUUACCGUUAUUACCGUUGCCUCGUGUUUGGUUUUCCUCAAUCCUGAAAAAUUGCUUGUAGGUGUAAACAAUGGCACUAAGAACGUAAAAAUUGUGGGAUAUGCUUCCAAUCCUGACUUUGACUCCGACACAAGUGAACAUGAUGUGGCCCUCUUGAAGUUAGCAGAAUCCGUAAGUGCUGA